UUUGUCAACAUUCUAUAGAUCGCGCUAUUUCGUAGGAUAUUCUAUAAUAACAUGGCGAAUUACGCGAUGUUUACAUAUUUGUAAAUUUACCCUGAUUAUGUUACUUUUCGUUUCUUAUAGAGACAAAUUUAAGGAGCAUUACAGUUUUAGUUAAUAUAUUUAAUAAAAUGUCUCAAGAUAUUGAUGCUAGGAGAAGUACGGCCGCACAAUUUUUUAUGGAAGAUGAUUCCGAGGAACAGAAAUCAUCUUAUAAUAAGAUUGUGGAUUGGCUCAAUCAUGCUGCAGUUGCAACAGACAAGGUUGAUACCUUAAGAAAAGUACAGGAAAUCAUCAUCAAUAAGGAAGAAAGUCUCCUAGAUAACUUCCUUGAGGAAGUUCUUGGAUUUCAAAAUGACAGAAAUCAAGAUGUGAGAAAAUUCAUAGUUGGUUUCAUUGAAGAAGCAUGCAAGAAGGAUCCUGAUGUAUUGCCACGUGUGGUCACCAACCUGGCAAUGCUCCUCAAGGACCAGUCCAUUCAAGUUCAGAAGCGAGUGGUACAAGCCGCAUGUGCUGUGUACCGCAGUGCUCUCUCCUGGCUGGCACAUGCACGUGCGGUUACUGAUGAAAUGGAAACUACAUGGAACAUUGUGUGUGCUAUCAAGGGACAAAUAUUCGGCCUCGUGGAUAGUGACAAUGACGGCCUGCGAACGCAAGCUAUCAAGUUACUGGAAAGCGUGGUUCUAAUGCAAACAUAUCCAGAGCCUGACUCCCUAAGAAGAGACAAUGAUUUUUCAUUGGAGGAUGUGCCACUCACCCUCAAGAUAGCACGUCGACGCAAACUAGAAGAAGAGGCUCACAUGGUGUUUGAGCUGAUGUUGAAGUUCCAUGGGUCAAUGCAUAUUAGCAGCGUCAACCUCAUGACGUGCAUGGGUUCCAUUGCUCUCAUUGCCAAAAUGCGACCCCAAUUUAUGGGCAAAGUGGUCACUGCCCUGGAGACUCUCAAUGCUAAUUUACCGCCCACACUGUCCAAGUCUCAAGUGAGUUCUGUUCGGAAGCAUCUGAAGCUACAGCUCUUAAACUUGCUGCGUCUGCCAUCCUCAGUCCCUUUCCAUAACAACAUUACCACCAUGCUGUCUGAUCUGGGAGCAUCUAACCAGGAGGUGAUGAGGUGUUUACCACGCAUGGAGGAACUGCGUCGCCAUAAGAAGCGCCUUGCUGCUGCUGCCAAAGCAGAUGCAAAUGCUGCGGCUGCUGCAGCUAUUGUUUCCUCUGCCGGUGGACCCCCUUCGGCCAAGCGACCGCGUCUAGAUGCAGCUGCCACAGCUGCUGCUGCUGUUGGGGAUGAUGACGAAUACGAUGAAGAUGAUGAUGAUGAUACCCCGAAUAACAUGGGGUCUGUAGGGAUGAGUGUAUCUGGAGGAGUUGGCAGCACAGGAGUUUCCGCAUCUGGAGCCAAUACAGAGGAGGGUUCUCGGCCCCUGCGACCAGCGACUGAACAGGCAGUGGACAUCACUGAGCAGUUCAUUGUAGAACGACUCUCACCAGAAAUGGCUGCUCAACUUGUUAUGGUGUCCAUGUCGAAGCUGCCAGAUACAAUGCCCCCUCAUUUUAGCAGUAUGUACACCCCAAUUGCUGCAGCUGGAACUCAGAGCCAGAUUCGACAUGUAGCCAGACUCAUGGCCACUCAGUUGACGGCCCUGGGACUUGGCCCCGGAUUCUCACGUCAGCUUGUCAAAUCAGCUGUGAAGGGCUCUUUGAUGGAAGAAGAGGAUGAAGAUGGCCCUGCUCCAGGCAGUAAAGCAUCAAUCGUUUCUGCCAUCUCAGGCAUCAUUGAGAAAGACAAGGAGGCAGUGAAAGCUGGCUCUCUCAUGCCAGGCAUGACUUCUACCAAGCUGACAAAGCAGCGAAUCAAGACUCUGAAGCUGUCCGAAAUCACCAAGCCUCUAGAACCUGAGGCGCGUGGGGAAAUGUUAGCUGCAACAGUGCGUCGAAUACUUAGGUCUGAGAAGCCUGCCCUGUUGGGAGGAGUUGCAGCUGUUCGCAACAAGAUUAUCACGACAAUUGCUGCAACAUACGAUGAUCUUGUUCGCAGAGAGGUUUUAUAUUUCCUACUGGAAGAUGUAAGAGGACGCCUUGAGCUAGCUUUGGCAUGGUUGUAUGAGGAGUAUGCCUUUCUCCAAGGCUUCAAUAGAAUGCCUACAUUCCUGAGGCCAGAUCCUGAUGGCCCUGAGAAAUCAUACAACGAUUUAUUGUGUGCACUUGCGAGGCACCUCAUUGACAAGGCAGAUGCCAGAGAUCGUGAUGCUCUUUUAACACGACUGUACCUGGAAGCACCCCUCAUCACGGAGGAUGCUACAGACCUCUUGCGCACCAUGUGCUUAGACGAGUCCCGAGCUGCAGCAGGAUUAGCCUUACUGCGUGAACUUGUGACACGGCGCCCACCUCGACAGUUGGUGUUUCUUAAUGCCCUUCUUGUACAUACUGCACAUGAAAACACAGAGAUAAGAUCUCGAGCUAUCUCCUGUGUGGUAGCCUUGUAUGAUCGAGGCGAUCUCCGUUGCAUCAUUGAGGAAUAUGCCAUCUUGUACCUGGGCUUUCUGCGCCUUCCAGCUCCUCCUGAUGUGCUAUUUGGCCCAGAAAGGGGGCGACCAUCUCGUGAGCAUGCAAUUGCUGCUGCAGCUGCUGCGUCCGCAGGCCAUGGGGCAAUAGGACCCGAUGGCUUGCCUGUUGGAAGCAGUGGAUGGACUGAGGAGAUGGUGCGAGCAUGCCUCUACCUGUACCUCGCUCUUCUGCCAGUCAAUGAAAAACUUAUUCAUGAAUUGGCACGUGUCUAUGUAACAACAGUAGCAGAUGUGAAGCGUACUAUCCUCCGACUUCUGGAACAACCUGUACGCGGUAUGGGUAUGGAUUCACCAGAGCUACUACGACUUGUGGAAGAAUGUCCGAAGGGAGCUGAAACCCUUGUCACCAGGGUCAUCCACAUUCUUACUGACAAAACACCUCCUAGCGCAGAACUUGUGGCUCGUGUACGUGAUCUCUACCAUUCUCGAGUGGCUGAUGUGCGAUUCCUAAUACCUGUGCUGAACGGAUUGACCAAGAAGGAAGUUAUUGCCGCUCUACCUAAACUCAUCAAAUUGAACCCUGUUGUUGUGAAGGAGGUAUUUAAUAGGUUAUUGGGAACUCAUAAUGAGGCUUCAAGUCACACAUCGCCCUUGACUCCAGCAGAACUGCUUAUCGCAUUACAUACAAUUGACCCUGCCAAAUGUGAACUUAAAACAAUUAUCAAGGCCACUUCUCUGUGCUUUGCGGAGCGACAAGCUUACACACAAGAGGUGCUGGCUGUGGUGAUGCAGCAUCUCAUGGAAUUGAACCCACUGCCUACCUUGUUGAUGCGCACGGUUAUACAGGCCCUCAGCUUCUACCCAAGGCUCAUCGGCUUUGUCAUGAACAUCCUGCAAAGGCUCAUACUGAAGCAGGUAUGGAAGCAACGCAAAGUGUGGGAGGGUUUUGUGAAGUGCUGCCAGCGAACACGUCCUCAGAGCUUCCAAGUUCUUCUGCAGCUGCCUCCUGCGCAACUCUGCGAUGUGUUUGAAGCAUCUCCUGACUUGAGGGCACCUCUACUUCAGCAUGUUAUGAGUUUCACUGAGAACCAGGUGGGGAGCAAUUCUGUCUCACGAAAAGAGCUCACAUUCCUCCUUCAACUUAUGGACGUGCUGCUUGGAAAGAGGAGGACAGUGUCAGAAGAGUGUGAUGAUGAACAGGUGGAACCUCGGUCGCCGUCCGAGCUAACCAUUGAUAUCAAGGAAGACCCAGAGAGUGAACCUGCACCGCCUGGUCUUGAAUGAUCUCCUGUGUGAUUUAUCGUUUUAUCUUCGUCAGGCUCAAUGACAAGUGUCAUCAUGUUGCCUAUGCUUUGCUUCACCUAUUCUUUCAUGUUGCUGUUUCUGAACAGGUUAUGUCUCAUCAAGACAUACAUUGAUGACUUGCAAUUUUAUGAGUUUUUUUUAAUUCUAUGAGUAUUUCUUUAUUUACGAACAUGAUAUUUGCAUGUUUGGUGCAAGUAAUACAUCUGUAUUAUAGCAAAUUGAAUUUAAAAACUAGUAAUUAUUUCAAAUAUCAAUGUUUCAUAAAUCAGUUACCGUUGUGUGACUUCUUGAAUGCAUAUUAUUACAAGUUCACAAACGUGAGUCAAAAUUAAUAAAUUGUUUUAUGGUUAUUGUUAUUUCAUGUAGAAUGAGAUUCUGUACUUAUGUUACCUGUUGCUCUUCAUUCAUGGGUCAUCUUGUUAUUAUUUUGUUCCAUAUUUUGUAUAGAUUGUAUACAACAUUCAAACAGAUGUGUAUUAUUUUUACUCAUGAGUGUCAUUGUGUGCGAGUCUGUUGAACUCUUAAAUGUUGAUAACUUGUUAUAAACAGUGUGAAAGCAAGAGCUUGCAAAGGGAAUGCAUUUUCUGUUCUUUCUGGUAUUGUAAACAAAAAGACAUUGAAGUGAUAUCGAAAUAUUUUACUGUAUAUUUAUUAUAAAUAAAUACCGGUUACGAAAAUAAAGAGAGUAUUAUCUUUGUACAAAUUGUUUUAUUGCAGUGUUGCAAUGUGAAUUACAUGAGAUAGCAGAUCAGGAAGAAGCUCUACAUCAUAUUCAAAAAAAAUAUUAAAGUAAAUACUGAUAUUAUCAAAACUUCAGUUUUAUGAAAUUAUUUUCAAUUGCUAAUUUACCUACGGAUUAUAUUAACUGUCUAUUUCUAAAGGGAAUAACACAAGACUUUGUUAGUC